GAUCUCCUCAUGCUCUCGAUGGAGCGAUGCCGCAGGGCUGCUGCCGCCUCCGCGGCCGGCACUGUUGUCCGCACCGGCUCCUCCCGUCCAAGGCACCUCUCAUCCACUCGCUGCGCCGCAUCUGAAGCCCGCACCGCUGUUUCGCUCGACCUCGCCGUCGCCGACCGCAGUAAUCACAAGCUCCCCAACCAUGCCCACACCUUCCCGGAGUGCAUUGCACGGCCGGGCGCCCGAAUCGUCGCCCAGUCCAAGAUGCUCAAGAUCCAGCCGAGCGCAAAGCAGAAGCUGAUUCCCUAUUUUUCGGAUCUGUGGUUCCAGCCGCAGAAGAUGCUCUCGGCCGACCCGCUUAGGGAGCAAAAGAUCCUGCUGCAUCUGCUUUCGCUCAUCCAGAACAAGGACCCGGCCGCUGGCGAGCUCAUCCACACCCUCGGAGACCCGUGGACACAGUAUUUGACGAUAUCCCAUCGCUGGAGCCUUGGAAUCGACGAACAGCGUGCGGGCCAGUGGACCCGCCUUGGUCAGCAAAGCGCUUCAAAGCGGUCUCCGACAGCCACAUCACCGAUUUCGAGUAGCGAUGACCUAGAAGCACUGCAAAGCCGCAAGCGCAUCACCCAGAGCCUGCUGCUGCGAAUGUAUUCGCACAUGAUCAGUCACUCGGAUACGCCAAGCCAGGCCCAUCUCGAUCGGCUGCUGACGAUUCUGCGAGACAUGAGGGCCCAGGACAUUCGCAUCCCGCGGAGGGUCUACACCGCCUUUGUACAGGUCCUGCAGCGAUGGGGCUGGGCGUCGGACUACCGGCUGUUUUGCCGCACCCUCCAGUCGACAUGGGCUCUCCCCGAGUCGAUUCAGGCAGGUAUCCUGGGCCAGUUCCUGUCGGUGCUGAUUUCCACGCGCGAUCCGCAGGCGUACAUGGCUGCCGAGUUCAUCCUGAACGAACUCGAGAACUACCCCGAGCCCCCGGUGGACGUCAUCUUCCGAGGCUGGCACAUUCUGCGGAAGCCGCGGCGAGCCAUCGGCUUCUACCUACUUGCCAAAGAUCGUGGCUUGGCCAUCGACGACAAGCACUCGAUCCGGUAUCUUCUCUCUAAUCUGGAGCAUCUGCGCAACAACCGCAUUACGCUGAUCAAGCGAAGCCCGCGCGGCAGCAGCCAUCGCCUAUUGGAACCCGUUGUCAGCCGCGCGACGGCAGGCUACUCAUACCGGAAUGUCCACGAGCUACUGACUGAGCUGUGGGACCGACACUCGGACACGAUCCAAGAGUCUGAGUAUUCAACGGCGUUCCUGAUCAAAUGGGCGAUCCGGAACCAAAAGUCCCACAUUGCCGAGUCGAUGCUCCAUAACCAGCAAGUGCGGCUCGCCGCACGACUCAGGGACGAACUGGCGAGCAGCCCCGACAGCGACGCCCCGCCAACAGCAACAACGGACACGGCAUCACCGGACCGGCUCCCGGCUCAUCAAAACCACCAAGGCUCUGCGAGCUCACGACAGAGCGAGCAGCAUAGCGGCGAUUUCCAUCACUCGACCCGACAUCGCAAGCUGCUCAACGAGAAGCUGAAGCGGGCGCUGUUGCAGUCGUCGGCACAAGUUGAGCAGCAUCUCGCCGCAGACUCCCUCACUGAAUCCACCUCGGCCAGUGCGGGCUCGCUGCAUGCCCAUUUUGCUGAAAACGACGGCGACGGGGUGCUGCUGGAAUCGAUGAACUUUUAUCCACUUCAUGCGGCGCUGACCACAACGGAGAGCUCGCACAUCGGCGCGUGCCAAGGUGCUGGUCCGGAUGCCGACCCAGGGCCCAACGAGCACAACGCGCAUCCCGACGAGGAGGCCGAGCUUCUCGAGGCCUUUUCAUCCCUCAUCAGCAACAGCGACGCAGCCCUGGAGACCCGUCGAUCAGCAAGAUCAAAGCUGGAUGAAACAUGGCGGCACGUCGAUGCAAUGUACGCCAACCUGAUCCGAUUCCAUCUGGCCCAGAAAAACACCGCGCAGUUCUGGCGCUUUUGGACCCAGCUCCUGGAUGAUCGCGAAGCAUUCAACCCCCGAAGCUGCAGCCAGACACUGUUGGCAGCCACGACGGGUCUGUAUGCGCUAAGGCACUGGGACCAUCUCUAUCGGCUCAUGGACGAGUUUCGAUCGAGGUUCCCGUCCGAGGCGAUCCCGUCUGGAUGUUAUGAGAUUGGCAUCGAGGCCAUGGCGCGACUCCAGGACCCGCAGCGAAGUACGGCUCUGUUCUGCUGGCUUCUGGACGAGGGCUGUCCGCCAUCGCUGCAAGUCCUGUUGACGAUGAGGAACUUGUUCCGGUCGCUGAACGAUUCAAGGGCCGCCAUCUUUGACACCGAGAUAGGGGCCCUUGAGCUGGAUCGAGUGCAGCCUGUCGCUACCAUCUACAGCGAGUUCUAAGCACACUGAUGCUCUCUGACAUAUACCGUGGCCGUCCCUGUCGAGCAGUGCAUUGGCUCUUUCACCCCGUCGCAUCCGAGCUUCACUUCAACAUCAUAUGCUCUGUAGUCUUGUCCCCACUCCCGUCUGCACAAUGGCGGGAGCAGCACCACUGCCGCCCGUCGCCUCACUUUUGGAAAUACAAAGCCCAUGCCAUGUCUGUAA